AUGGCACAGCCAGCCCCCGAUGAGGUUCUCUCCAUCGCGCAGGCGGCUCCAAACGCCUCGUCGAAACCGGCAUCUCGUGCUGCUACUCCGGCAUCGACUCCCAUCGGAUUUCAAGCAGUCAAUGCAGUAAAUUUUCGGGCGGUCGCCGAAAAUUUGGCGGCCACAGGCAGCGAUGCGGCUCUCUCUCAGAGCGCACCGUCCACGGCCCAGCCUGCCAAACCGCCGUCCCAGAGCGACGCUCUCGAUGCCACCAUGGCCGAAGCUUCGUACGGGACGCGCUCGCGUAACAGAAACAACGCUCGACCUAACUACGCCGAGGACCAAGACAUGGAUUUCGAGUUUGCGCCCGCAACAAAGAAGAACAUGAAGUCCAGCGAAGUGCCAGCCGCGUCAGAAUCGAGGCAAGCACCGCCGUCUUUUGUCGCGGUCAACAACAGCCAAGCCUCGUCCGCCACCACCCCAGCUCACACUGCCGUUCCUGCUGCGUCUGCGGGCCCGACGAAGAAGCGGAAAGCUGCUGGCACGCCCGCUGCCUUGCACACACCCACCGCUUCAUCAACGCCGCCGCCAGCAGCGUCGCGCAAACCAACCGCGUCCGCGGCCUCGUCGACCAUGGCACGUGAGACCAACAUCAUGACGUUCACUAAGCACCGAAGCUCCCUCAACAAAAAGGGCGAGCUCGUUGCCGACGAUGGCACGAAGCUCAGUGUCAACGAUCACGUGUACCUAGUAUGCGAGCCACCCGGCGACCCAUACUACCUCUGUCGAAUUAUGGAGUUUCUGCACGUCGACAGCGGCAACCCCAAUUCGCCAAUCGAUUCUCUACGGGUCAACUGGUACUAUCGACCUCGCGAUGUGCAGCGAUUCAGCAACGACACUCGACUGGUCUACGCCACCAUGCAUUCCGACAUGUGCCCUCUCACCUCGCUGCGUGGGAAGUGCACGAUCAAGCAUCGAUCGGAGAUUGAAGAUCUCGAGCUCUAUCGCAAAGAGCGAGACUCGUUCUACUUCGUGCAGGUGUUUGAUCGCUUCAUUCGACGAACAUACGAGUGCAUUCCCGUACAGCAGAUCAUCAACGUGCCCGAUAAGGUCAAGAAGGCGCUGGACGAGCGAUGGAAGUUCGUCGUCGUCGAGAUCGGCCGUAUCAAGGAGCUCACAAGUGCCGCGAAGACUUGCAAGCGAUGUGCACGGUACUGUGCUUCGAACGACUCGGUCGACUGCGCGAUAUGCAAGAACUCCUACCACAUGAACUGUGUGCAACCUCCUCUGCCGAAGAAGCCGUCACGAGGAUUUGCUUGGGCCUGUGGUCCUUGUAGUCGUGCGUCGGAAAAGAAGAUGGAAGCUACGCCCACCCACAGUGCUGAGGCCACCGAGGCGGAAGAAGAGGAAACGGCAGAGGAGGAGGCUCCAGGUGCUUCGAAUGACACGACUCGAGCUCCUAGCCCAAUUGCUGACGACAUGAUCGUCGAUGACCAUCCCGCGACACAGGCGGAAAUCGCACUGGCGAAAAUGUGGCCGAUGCGAUAUCUUGGGAUUCAUGCUCGAGUUGAAGACGCCCUCCAGUACGACGAUCGAGCCAUCUAUCCAAGAGCCAGUUCGCGACUUGGCCCACGACAUCAAGCCAACGUGUCAAUGUGGCAUGGCCGUCCGGUUGAGCUUGUGAAGCCUGCCGAGAUUAAGAAGCGGUACAACAAAGCCCCUGCUGGAAAGAAAGAGGGCAAGCUCACGAAGGAGACUCUCGCGGCGAUUGAGGCAGAUCGCGAAGAGAAGGCAAAGCGACCAAAGUGGGUUCAGGAUGAGCCAGCUGGGUACGUUGCUCGAGGCGAAGACUACGAUGCCAAAGACCCCAGAUGCACCGCCAAGUUGAUGUUCAAGAUGCCGACUAUUGAGGAGCACCCACAAGCCCUCGCGGGUAGGGAAGGCGAUCCAAUUCCGAAGCGACAGGAACUGUUCAUGGACAUCUACUUCGACCGCGCUAAGAGUCUGGCCCGCAUCGUUGGUGUACCUUCAUUCGGCACAAAUUUCACCGACAAGGCCAUGGAGCUGCUUGCCGCGAACAACUACAAACAGGAUGCCGCACUCAAGCAGCUAUCCAAGAUCGAUCGUGUCAAAGACCUUCAUGAGCCGGUACUCAGCAAGUCUGAUCUGGUGAAGUUUGAGGAGGGUGUCGCCAAAUACGGCUCUGAGCAUCGUCUCAUCCGCUUGCACAUGAAGACCACUUUGCCACACUCAGAUAUUGUGCGCUUCUACUACCUCUGGAAGAAGACGCCAAAGGGUCGUGAGAUCUGGGGCAACUACGGUGGUCGCAAGAAGCGAAAAGUGGAGAGCGACGUAGGCGCCAAGUUGCAAAUUGAACUAGCGAACGACGUCGAUGAUUCUGCAUUCGACAACGACAAGGCCGUCAAGCGGAAUCGUGGCUUUCAGUGCAAGUUUUGCAACACCUAUCACUCGCGUCAAUGGAGGCGAGCACCUGGCGUGUCCCCUGGCCAGCUUGCACCGCCUGACAGCAAAGCGGAGAAGAAAGACAAGAGAGACCGCUCACUCCUUGCCCUCUGCCUUCGGUGCGCCGGACUUUGGCGCAAGUAUGCCAUUCAGUGGGAAGAGAUCGACGAAGUGGCUAAGAAGGUUGCUUCUGGUGGCGGCCGCGCGUGGAAACGCAAAAUCGACGAAGAGCUUCUGCGCGAGCUUCUCGCCGCCAACGAGGCUGCUACUGCGCCUAGAGAUGACCCAGGCUUGCUACUCGAAAACGGCGAGCCGCCGAAGAAGAAAUCCAAGACGGACAAGGAAGUUGCACAGGCUGCUGCGAAGAAAGAGAAGCCGCCGCCACCACCAAAGGAGCCAACUCCACCGCCUCCCCCGAUCAUACCUGCUCAACCGACUUGGAAGGUACUGCCAUGCGCUGUCUGCAAAAUCAGUGGCGAAACGAUAGCUUGCGCACAUUGCAAGUUGACUGUCCACCGACGCUGCUUUGGGGUCGGUGCGGAAGAGGGGGUGAGGGCCAAUGGCGAUGUUCACUGGGUCUGCGAGCAGUGCCAGAAUGACCGCAAUCCUACGGUUUCGACCGACUACUCUUGCUGCUUGUGCUUGACCGAGGAGACACAGGUGGAUCUCGUGGAGCCGCCGAAGAUAUCGCACAAGAAGAAGACCGAUCGUGAGCGUGAGAAGGAACGCCUUGAGAAAGAGCUUGCAGAUGGCAUGCGCGCUGAGUAUCGCAGCAGGCAGCUCAUGCACAACAGGCCCGUCAUUCCUCGAGAGCCGCUCAAGCGAACCACUGGCAACAAUUGGGUGCAUGUUCAGUGCGCAGUAUGGGCACCGGAGAUUCGCUUCAGCAACGCCAAGGUCUUCGAGAUUGCCGAAGGCUUUCAAUUGAUACCACAGCAACGAUACGAAGCUGUCUGCAAGUUGUGUAAGAACAAGGAUCAUCAAAACCGACUACGGGAAAAUGCCGGCGCAUGUGUGAAUUGCUUCCACUGUAGUGCAAGCUUCCACGCAUCGUGCGCCUUCGAGGCUGGCUACACAUUUGGCUUUGAUGUUCAGCCAGUCAAGGGUUCCCGCAAGGACCAGAUCAUGACGGCUACUCUCGGACAGGAGACUGGAGCACUGACGGCAAUCAUCAUCUGCAAGGAGCAUACCAUCAAAGGCAUCGUCCACCCCAUCCAUGAGAUCGUAGACGACAGCGGCAAGACAGCGCUGCAGGUCUAUUCCGAGGCUUACAAGCAGGCCGAUCUCACCUUGACUGGCACUGUUCGGAAAGCGGCGCAGGCGCAACUUACUAAGGAUAAGGGACUGCAGCCGGCAUCUGCACAAGGUGCGAACAGGCGUGAGUCCGGGGCGCAUAGUAUCGCAGCGGCAGUGAGACGUGGAGCUAGGACUUCAUCACUCGCAGACACCAAGGCUGAAGCAGACGACGGUUCAAACGACCUGGCCAACGUCGCCGAAUUCCAGGAGCGGCGUUGCGCCAAGUGCAACAUCGACGCCACGCCCAAGUGGCAUCCUGUGAUUGAAGACACCAAAGUCGAGCCGGCUCCAUCGCCACGCCCGCAGGGAGACACGAACGAUGCAGGUCAAGAAAAUCCAGGCGAGCCACCGCGGCCGCAGAACAUUCGCUUCAUGGCUCCGGGUAUGAACGGGCGUGCGUGGGAUGGCAUGCCUGAUCGGCAUGGACCACGACCCAUGUCUAAUGGCGACCGUGUCAUGAGCGAAGCUCCUCCGGGAAUACCGGUCGGAACGCCUGUCAGGGACGCAUCUCUACCACUCAACAUCAACGGAGAUCGGCCAAUGACCGACGACUUCCCCAGGCGCGAGACUGAAGAGGUCUUCCACAACCACGCUCUGCCGCGAUAUCAGAACCCAGCAGAGCACACGCCGCCGCCGUUGCCAGAGGACGAGCCGAAAGAUAAGCUACCUGAGGCCUGGCUUUGCCACAAAUGCUUCCUCAAGAAGAAGCUCGAUCCUACACCACCUCCUUCUCCCGGCGAUGGAUCGCGUUCGCCGACCCGCGUUGUCAACGACCUCGACAUCCUAUUAGACUCCGAUUCAUUGCCAAAGCCCAAUAUCGAGGAGCAGUUUGAGCUAUGGGAUAGACCACCCGUCCGACCAUCUGUGCCGCCUCCACCCCAGGCGCCGAUCAAUGGCAUGGGUCCCCAGCCUCCUCACUUCGGGUCAGGACAGUCACUGCCUCCUCCUAUGCACGGGUAUGGUCCACCACAGCCCAAUUUUGGCCAGCAGCCAAAUGGGUACCCGGAGCCGCCUCGACACCAUUACGACCAAGGCUUACCGCCGCCCCCUGUCCCUCAUCACCACAACCACAAUCCCAAUCCAUUCUGGGAUCCACAACUCGAGAGGCACGGCGCGAUGGGCUACCAGCCUCCAUCUCAGACUCCUCCAAACGUGCCACAGCACUCGCGACCUCCUUCGCUGAAUGGAUACCCGCCACAAGGCCAGCCUAUGACGAAUGGAAUGUCGUCGCCUCGUAACGGCGCGCCUCCCAUUCUACAGUCACCGUCAUUCCCUCAUGGUCCUCCGCACCAGCAGCACCCGAACCAUCAGCAGUAUCAGCAUGUGCAGCAAAACAUAGCUGGCCCAGCCGCGACUGAGGUUUCGAGAACGCUGCCAGUCUGGGGAUUUCCCGACAAUUCCACCAACGAUCCGACCAAUCCGUACAGCCGACCGCGUUCGGAAGUCAUGAACGGGCAACCACAACAACAUACACCAAGUCAACCGCACAUGGCUCCUUCGCAGCCCGGUGCGAGCCCUCAAGCUCCUAUGACUUGGCCGGAUGGGCAGCCUCCCAGACCAAGCACCCCUCGAGAUGCACAGACGAAUGGGUUUCCCAACACCUCAGGUGCGAGUGCUAGCCCCAACCUGAUGAAUUUGAUACACUGA